GCUUCGGACUUAGCCUAAAACGGGUCACUUGGAUCUUGUUGGACUCACAGUGCUUAGAUCUCUUCCGAAAACAUCAUGAUAGAGGCACCACCAUAUGUAUUGUGAGAGAGUAUUGAGUAUCAAGAACAUAAAGAGGCAAUUAUUGAGACAAAACAUUGCUGAACAGGGGCAGAACUGACCAUGAUAGCAGAUAAAAUCUGAUACUGCUGAACUGAACAGUUAUCCUAGAGAACAAUUAACUCUUCAUCAUGACCAAGAUCUUGGACUUUGACUCUGCGUUACAACACAUCGGAGAAUUUGGCCGCCAUCAAAAGAAAAUCUACCUCCUGGUUAAUCUGAUCUGUAUUCCUUUUUCUGCUACAAUGUUGAUUAUCGUUUUUGUUGGAGCCGUCCCCGAAUGGAAAUGUCCUUCACCAACUGGCCCGUUGUCACACUGUAACUCAAGCCAUCCUGGUUGUUGUGAUAAACACGGUUCUCUUUGUCCUGGAGCGGAAUACACAUCAAAAUUUACUUCCAUCGCGACCGAAUGGAACUUAGUUUGUGACAGUCGUUACAAAACGGAGCUGACUCAAUCAAUCUUUGUAGCUGGACAUAUGUUUGGUGGUCUCAUCUUUGGUAUUUUGUCUGAUAAAUAUGGUCGACGACGACCUUGGCUUUUUGUGUACUUUGCCGGUGCCAUUUUAGCUCUUAUGUCUAGUGUAGUAUCAUAUUACGAGGAAUUCCUGGUCUUGAGAUUUGCUAUGGGUUUGUUAAAUGGUGGAGGGGGUCUAACAACAUACGUGAUUUCAACAGAAUCAAUUGGACCGGCUUAUCGAGGUGAGCUGAUUGUAUAACAUUACAACCAGGUGAGAUCUGGAAUAAAUUAUUACAGGGUGCAGAGAAAGUCGGUUUUACGGCUUGCCAUUCAGGCAAGUUGUUGCUAGUAUGUACUAGCCCAAGAGUCUUUUAAGUAGCCCCAAAACAAUUUUUGAUGAGCAGCAUUGAUUGGGUGAUUCCAGAAAAUAUCCAUACCCUACCACGGGUGGCAUGAGUAUUUUAACCCCCCCUUGCCCUCGGAAAUUCCAAAAUGCUUAUCCCCCCCUUGCCCUCCGAAUUCCAAAAUCGCUAACCCCCCCCCUCUCCUCCGGAAUUUUCCACUUUUGUUUCAGACCCUUUGGAAUUCCUGUUCGUCUGCCUAAAUCUUCAAACGAACGAGAAACUUGCACUUUUUCCCUCUGCAAAAGAAUUCUGUUCACAAUUUUUAGUCAGACGAUCAAGCAACUCAAGUUUGUUAACAUUAGUACACCGUACCUAUUCCUUCUAAGCAUUAUCUUUAAGCUGCUUACCACCUAAUAGAAAUAUACGUCCGUUUAAGGAUAUCAGCUCCUCGAAUAAGUAGUUAUUUCGUGGUAUGGUAUGGAUAUUUUCUGGAAUCACCCAUUACAGUUCUUCUGUAAUUUGAAUUUCCUCCAAAAAUUGACCUGUUAAGAACAGGAUUCACUAGCCCGAUUGCAAAAUCUGCUAGCCCCGGGCUAUCGGACAUGACUUUCUUUGCAUGCUGUAUUGGAACCCUAUUUUUAAUUUGUGGAUAUGCAACACUUAGGCCUGGUUCAAAUGUUGGAUUUCACAUGUAUUUAUGCAACUAAGCAAGAACAAUAGAUUUUUUUCAUUCACGUCAAAUUUGGUGCAUGUAAUAUGUGAUGUUUGAACCAGGCCUUAGGAACCUGGAGGGGAGGAGUUACGUGAUCAAUAUUUGGGUAUAGGUGAGGUGCUGAGGGUUGGAAACCCUGAUGUCAUUCAGGGCAAAAAAAUUUGUUAAAUACAUACCCUGUUUAGGACAACACCCUUAAUAUUAUUACCCUGUUUAAUUUAGGACAAAGGACAAAAUGCACUCCAGAGCAAAUUCACAUUAUAGUCAUUGCUUUUAUAUACUUGCAGUACAAACAAAAUUCAUCUAGCAAAUUGAAUCAAUAUUGCAGGCAAUAACCUUUUGACAGACACACAAAAUUAUGUGCCCUGUUUAGGACAGAGACUAAGGUAAAAAACCAUGCCCUGUCUGGCGGCACAUCCCCGUAUGGGCCAUUUAAGGGAGUACCCCCUGCCCUCGGCAUAGGAAUAAGUUUUUGUGGGCACUUUGAUAUGUAAAUGUGUCACUCACUCCCACAUUCACUCACUACAGUGGAUGCCUGUUAAUACGGUCACUAAUGGGCCAAAAAAAAUUGGCCGUAUUAAUGGGGUGGCCGUAUUACUGGGGCACGCUCAAAUUGCAUGACUUGUGAGCUGUAAUGACAAUACACCAUAUAUCACAUUCACUGUACUGUUCUCAUUAAUAAACAAAAUAAACAACCGGAAUGUAGUUAUUGCAUCCAGUAAUUGAAAAACUACAUAAAAUUUUCCUUCAGUACUUGAAAGUCUUUUAAAAUUCGGCUAUAAAUUUCCGCAAGUGAAUUUUAAGUGUACUGUAGUCUAAAAACAGUACAAGAAUGAGCUCAGAUUGAUAUGUCGCAGGCAUUUUAAUUUUCUAAAUUUCAAACGUGUAGCCAUAUCAACGGGGUGAAAUUAUAAGAGAUUCUGCUGUUUGGGAUUUUCAAAUGCGGCCGUUGGCUGUAUCAAGGGAGUUUAUCAUAAGUAAAUGUAUGGCUGUUUUGCCAGGCCGAAAAAAACUGGCAUAUUAACAAGGUGACCUCAUUACUGAGGUGGCCGUAGGUGGGGUUCCACUGUAACUUUUUUACUCUGUUUUUUUAUUUAUUUUAGCAACAGCUGGAACGUGGCAACAUGCAUUUUACAACAUUGGUUAUGUGAUCCUGGCUCUUGAAGCAUAUCUCAUUCGUGAUUGGAGGACACUGACAGUCAUUUCCGUUCUUCCCUAUUUCAUUUUAAUACUGUUUGUUAACAAAAUCCCAGAAUCUCCAAGGUGGCUGGCAUCACAAGGCCGAACAAGAGAAGCAGAAACCAUCAUGAGAAAAAUUGAAGCAGAAAAUGGCUACCACAAUAGUGACAAGAUAAUUUUGAAAACAGAGACAAAGCAUGGUGUUGAAUCAUCCCAGUAUGGAACAAUGGACUUAUUUACUCACAAGUCAGUAUUUAUUAUAACAAUAAUUAUGAUGAUAACAUGGUGCAUGAAUAGUAUGGUGUAUUAUGGACUUGUCUUAAAUGUCAAAAACCUUGAAGGAAGCCUGUAUGUUAACUUUGCACUUGGCAGCCUGAUUGAUCUACCCUCAUGUGCUGCAACACAGUUUCUCCUUUCAUGGCUUGGGCGUAGACAAAGUUUAAUUUGUCUUUUUAUUGUUGGGAGCAUGUUUUGUUUCUUGUGUAUGGUUUUUCAAUCUCAAGGUGGUCAGAAUGUAGCUGCCAUUUCCACAGCAGCAUUUGGUGGCAGGUUUUGUCUAUCUGCCUCAUUUGCUGUAUUGUAUGUUUACGCUUCAGAACUCUUCCCAACUGUAGCUCGCAGUGCAGGUAUGGGUAUAUCAAGUUUGUCUGCCAGGAUUGGUGGAAUUAUUGCACCCUUUAUAGUCCUGUUAGGGGAUCAUCAUAUUUUUUUGCCCAUGUUUGUUUUUGCAUGUGCUGCCUUGUUUGCUGGUGUUGUAGGUUUGAGACUUCAUGAGACAAAAGGAAAACCAUUACCAGAGACAUUUGAAGACCUUCAGUGAUAAAAACUAAUUAUAUGGUCCUUCUCCCUGGUUCAAUGUAUCUUUCUUUUUU